AUGACCAAUCGCGCCGUCACCCUCCUCAACCACGCCGCAGAGCACCACUACGGAGUCCCUGCCAUGUGCUGCUACAACGUAGAAGGCAUCCUGGCCACUGUACGCGCGGCAGAAGCCAAGCGCUCACCGGCCAUGAUCCUCCUUUUCCCAUGGGCGAUACACUACGCGGAUGGACUUCUGGUGCACGCUGCGGCCGAAGCAGCGCGUAACGCCACGGUACCAGUCACCGUGCAUAUGGACCACGCACAAACCCCGGAAAUCAUCCGUCGGGCGGCCGAUCUCGGCGGCUUCGACAGCAUCAUGGUGGAUAUGUCGCAUUACGAGAGGGCGGAGAACCUGGCUCUGACACGGGACUUGGUCGCAUACUGUCAUGAACGGGGCAUCGCGACGGAGGCAGAGCCGGGACGGAUCGAAGGAGGAGAGGACGGGGUGGCUGAUACUGUUGAUUUAGAGGGGUUAUUGACUACGCCUGAGGACAGUCAGGAGUUUGUCGAUACCGGGAUCGAUUGGUUGGCUCCGGCAUUUGGGAACGUGCAUGGCGAAUAUGGUCCGCGGGGGAUUCAGCUCGAGUAUGAUCGGUUGAAGAAGAUUCAUGACACGGUCGGGGAUAAGGUGCGCUUGGUGUUGCAUGGGGCGGAUCCGUUCACAGAGGAGAUCUUCUCCAAGUGCAUUGAGUGUGGAGUGUCCAAGGUGAAUAUCAACAAAGUGUUGAAUAAUGAGUAUGUGAAGGUGCAGAGGGAGAAGGCAGGGAAAGUGCCCUUGACAGCACUGAUUGAGGAGGCGACGAACGAGAUGCAGAAAGCAGUUGAGGGAUGUAUGGAUAUGUUGAGGUCGACAGGGAGAUAUCCUUGA